AGCACACUAAUGUGGCACACUCCUCUGCUGCCUAACGGCAGGUGUUGCUAUUAGCAGAGGAAGCGUUGUUCUAAGAAUUAUUCUAGAGGGCCAGAAAGAACAGGUAUUGCUCCACCCGGGUAAACGCUGACUCAACUCUGUAGGGCUGGCGCGCUCUUUCCUCACCUGAACCCUCCUGCCAGGCACAACUGAGAUCCAGAAAUAACAGGAUUAGCGAGAGAAGGGGAAAUAUGGACUGUGGUGAUGGGUAUGCACGAAGGAGUGCCAAGCAGUUUUAAUCGUUAAUGUUCUUCGUCUGUUGCUAGAGAAAAUGUCUUUCCUUGGAGGAGGCAUUGGCACGAGUUACUAUAAACUCCCUCUGAAUCUCAAGACUUCUGGGACGCCGAUUCCGCUCCUGGCCUGGGGCAGGGCGUGGGAGCUUGGAAGCCAGCGCUGCGCUCCCUGUGGGAAGCGAUCUCCGCCUCCGUCAACUCGCGCCUGGGCACUUAGCCCCUCCCGUUUCAGGGCGCCGCCUCCCCGGAUGGCAAACCCUAUAAAGUGGCAGCGAAUAAGGUUCCUCCCGCUGCUCUCGGUUUAGUCCAACUGCAAUAUCAGCGAGAUCCCGCGCCCCCCGGAAUAUCGCGCGCAGGAGCCAUGGCGCAGGAGCUAUACCACGAGGAGUUCGCCCGGGCAGGCAAGCAGGCGGGGCUGCAGGUCUGGAGGAUUGAGAAGCUGGAGCUGGUGCCCGUGCCCCAGAGCGCUCACGGCGACUUCUACGUCGGGGAUGCCUACCUGGUGCUGCACACGGCCAAGACGAGCCGAGGCUUCACCUACCGUCUGCACUUCUGGCUCGGAAAGGAGUGUUCCCAGGAUGAAAGCACAGCUGCUGCCAUCUUCACUGUUCAGAUGGAUGACUAUUUGGGUGGCAAGCCAGUGCAGCAUAGAGAACUUCAAGGAUAUGAGUCUAAUGACUUUGUUAGCUAUUUCAAAGGCGGUCUGAAAUACAAGGCUGGAGGCGUGGCAUCUGGAUUAAAUCAUGUUCUUACGAACGACCUGACAGCCAAGAGGCUCCUACAUGUGAAGGGUCGUAGAGUGGUGAGAGCCACAGAAGUUCCCCUUAGCUGGGACAGUUUCAACAAGGGUGACUGCUUCAUCAUUGACCUUGGCACUGAAAUUUAUCAGUGGUGUGGUUCCUCAUGCAACAAAUAUGAACGUCUGAAGGCAAACCAGGUAGCUACUGGCAUUCGGUACAAUGAAAGGAAAGGAAGGUCUGAACUAAUUGUCGUGGAAGAAGGAAGUGAACCCUCAGAACUUAUAAAGGUCUUAGGGGAAAAGCCAGAGCUUCCAGAUGGAGGCGAUGAUGAUGACAUUAUAGCAGACAUAAGUAACAGGAAAAUGGCUAAACUAUACAUGGUUUCAGAUGCAAGUGGCUCCAUGAGAGUGACUGUGGUGGCAGAAGAAAACCCCUUCUCGAUGGCAAUGCUGCUUUCUGAAGAAUGCUUUAUUUUGGACCACGGGGCUGCAAAACAAAUUUUUGUAUGGAAAGGUACAGAUGCUAAUCCCCAGGAGAGGAAGGCUGCAAUGAAGACAGCUGAAGAAUUUCUACAGCAAAUGAAUUAUUCCAAGAAUACCCAAAUUCAAGUUCUUCCAGAAGGAGGUGAAACACCAAUCUUCAAACAGUUCUUUAAGGACUGGAGAGAUAAAGAUCAGAGUGAUGGCUUCGGGAAAGUAUAUGUCACAGAGAAAGUGGCUCAAAUAAAACAAAUUCCCUUUGAUGUCUCAGAAUUACACCGUUCUCCGCGGAUGGCAGCCCAGCACAAUAUGGUGGAUGAUGGUUCUGGCAAAGUGGAGAUUUGGCGUGUAGAAAACAGUGGUAGGAUCCAAGUUGACCAAAACUCAUAUGGUGAAUUCUAUGGUGGUGACUGCUACAUCAUACUCUACACCUAUCCCAGAGGACAGAUUAUCUACACGUGGCAAGGAGCAAAUGCCACACGAGAUGAGCUGACGACAUCUGCGUUCCUGACCGUUCAGUUGGAUCGGUCCCUCGGAGGACAGGCUGUGCAGAUCCGAGUCUCCCAAGGGAAAGAGCCUGUUCACCUGCUGAGUUUGUUCAAAGACAAACCGCUCAUUAUUUACAAGAAUGGAACAUCAAAGAAAGGAGGUCAGGCACCUGCUCCCCCUACACGCCUCUUUCAAGUCCGGAGAAACCUGGCAUCUAUCACCAGAAUUGUGGAGGUUGAUGUUGAUGCAAAUUCACUGAAUUCUAACGAUGUUUUUGUCCUGAAACUGCCACAAAAUAGUGGCUACAUCUGGGUAGGAAAAGGUGCUAGCCAGGAGGAGGAGAAAGGAGCAGAGUAUGUAGCAAGUGUCCUCAAGUGCAAAACCUUAAGGAUCCAAGAAGGCGAGGAGCCAGAGGAGUUCUGGAAUUCCCUUGGAGGGAAAAAAGACUACCAGACCUCACCACUACUGGAAUCCCAGGCUGAAGACCAUCCACCUCGGCUUUAUGGCUGCUCUAACAAAACUGGAAGAUUUGUUAUUGAAGAGGUUCCAGGAGAGUUCACCCAGGAUGAUUUAGCAGAAGAUGAUGUCAUGUUACUAGAUGCUUGGGAACAGAUAUUUAUUUGGAUUGGCAAAGAUGCUAAUGAAGUUGAAAAAAAAGAAUCUCUGAAGUCUGCCAAAGUGUACCUUGAGACAGACCCUUCUGGAAGAGACAAGAGGACACCAAUUGUCAUCAUAAAACAGGGCCAUGAGCCACCCACAUUCACAGGCUGGUUCCUGGGCUGGGAUUCCAGCAAGUGGUAAAUUGGUGUUUGUAAAAAGCAAACAAACAUUGCAAGGCAGUUAUCUCAUUGCUGUUUUGGGGGAGGAACAGGAAAAGUCUUUUGUUUAUUUGUCCUUUGAAAAUUAAGGCCCGGCACGGUGGCUCACACCUGUAAUCCCAGCACUUUGGGAGGCUGAGGCAGGUGGAUCAUUUGGGGUCAGGAUUUUGAGACCAGCCUGGCCAACAUGGCGAAACCCCGUCUCUACUAAAAAUACAAAAAAAUUAGCUGGGCAUGACGGUGCACGACUUUUGUCCCAGCUACUCGGAAGGCUGAGACAGGAAAAUUGCUUGAACCCAGGAGGCUGAGGUUGCAGUGAGCCAGGAUCGUGCUACCACACUCCAGCCUGGGCAACAGAGACUCUGUCUCAAAAAAAAAAAAAAACCUCAACCAAACACCAAUUUUUUAAUGCUUAGUUUUGGUUUGAAAUUCUUAAACUGGAAUUUUCUUACGUUAAUACAUUAAAAUAACCUGAAGGAAACUUUUGUUAUGGGCCAAUAUUAGCUCUUCUGGAAACUAAUUUAUAUCUUUUUUAUGACCUUUCAAAAGUAAAAUACUAUGCAUAAUCUAGAGAGAUUUGUCAGAUAGUAAAUUUUAUAAUGCAUUAGCCAUUAGUCAAACUUGUUUUUUAACAUGCCAGAGAAAAAGUUGCAAUGCCUUGAAAGUUAUUCUCUUUUCUAUAGAUUGUGUUCAAAAGAUUUGUAUACUUGCAAUAAGGUUUAUGUUAAGGUGGCUUAAACAAUUGGUUGCUAUUUUCCUUCUUUAGUCAAUGUGACUUUGAUGCCAUUAACUGCUAAGUGUUAUUUUCUAAGAGGAAUUUUAUCUUUUUUUAACCUUAUUAAAAACCUUUGAAAACACAUCUCUUUCAUGAUAAAAUGAAUUGUAUUGUUAUCCACUUAGAUAGAUAGAUGAUAGAUAGAUGAUAAGUGAUAGAUAGAUGAUAGAUGAUAGAUAGAUCAUAGAUAGAUAGAUGAUAGAUAGAUGAUAGAUAGAUAGAUGAUAGAUAGAUAGAUGAUAGAUAGAUAGAUAUUUGACAGUACAUGUUUAAUAUCACAAAAGAUACAUACAGGAAAAACUUCACUAAUGCUGUCUUUCAUUAUUAAAAUACAUCUCUUUGAAA